AGCUGGUUGGGGAGGGCUCUGGUCUCUCCCCCUUCAUGGACUUUGGCUAAGAUCAGAACUUUUGUCUGCUGUCUUGCGCAGCUGAAGCCAAGCACAGUAAAGCGUCCUAACCACGGUAGAGCAUAGCUGCUGCUGCUUCUUCUGCUUCCAGUUUUAGCUGAAGCUGUUGGCACACUCACCUAGUGAGAAGGCAUUCAGGGACAACUCUACAAUGUGGUGCUAUGUGCUGCUCAUCAGUGUUCUUUGGACUGUGGUCUGGUUCUUCCGAGACCGGCGAAUGUUGCGUACCUUCAAGGAUAAGUAUGUUUUCAUCACAGGCUGUGACACAGGGUUUGGGAACAUGUUGGCCAAGAGGCUUGACAAGAAGGGCUUCCAAGUGUUAGCCGGUUGUCUGACUCAGAAAGGGGCGGAUAAUCUACAGCGUUCCAGUUCACCAAGCCUCCGCACCACCCUCCUCGAUGUCACCAACUCUGAGAGCAUCCGCAAAGCAGUAGAGUGGGUGAAGGGUGAAGUGGGUGAAAAAGGGUUAUUUGGUCUUGUUAACAACGCAGGCGUGGCCAACCCCAUUGGCCCUACCGAAUGGAUGAAUGUGGAGGACUACCGUAAGGUCAUGGCAGUCAACACGUUCGGAGUGAUUGAGGUAUCUUUGGCUUUCCUGCCUUUGCUCAAGCACGCUCGUGGCCGCGUGGUCAAUACCUCCAGUGUCUUAGGUCGCCUCUCAGCUAACGGUGGUGGCUACUGUGUUUCCAAAUACACCGUUGAAGCCUUCUCAGACAGCCUCAGGAGGGACAUGUACCAUUUUGGUGUAAAGGUCUCCAUUGUGGAACCAGGUUUUUUCAAGACUGCUGUGACCAACCUCGAAUCAAUAGAGGCCUCCUUGCGCCAACUCUGGGAUCGAAUGAGCCCUGAGACCCGCCAGAGCUAUGGGGAAGACUUCUUUCCAAACUACCUGAAGGUCCAGAAGUUCAUCAUGAACAUUAUCUGUGAUCCAGAUCUCAGCAAAGUGACCAACUGUAUGGAGCAUGCCCUGCAGGCAAAGCACCCUCGCUCCCGCUACAGUGCUGGAUGGGAUGCCAAGUUUGUAUGGCUGCCAGCCACUUACCUACCUGCCUUCUUGGUGGACAUUGUUCUGGCUACUGUUUUACCAAAACCAGCACACAGGGUCCGCUAGACUCCAAAGCGUCUUCUCCUACACCCAGUACCAAACCCAUGGCCCAACCGACAAAAAAGAUCACAUUUCCAAAAAAAAAAAAAAAACAAAAAAAAAAAAGUUAUGAAGAAAUAAAAGUAUUUAACCAGUGAGCAAAAGGUGUUCUCCACCCACCUCAUCUUCCACAGGUCAUUGGGGGUUAGGUUACUGAAACUCUCCGUAAUACACAUAAUAUAGACUGGGGUGGGCAGAAAAUAAGUCUUGAGUGAUUUGCUAUAGAUUUGUAUUUCUAACUUCUAAAUUGUUUAACAAUGUAGCAAGAAAAUGGCCAAAAAUUCAUCCCACUCCUCACAUUAUCUGCUGAAAUAGAGAGCUUAGGGUAAUCAUAAGUGGAUUUGUGUGUGACAAAACAGCAAGUUGUGUUCAGUUCCAGUUCUCCAAAUGAAUUUCUAGGUUCAUAAUUCUAUCAUUCAAAAUGUGCUUCUCUUACAACACUGAUUGGUUAGUCUUAGGAUUCUAGUGGUGGGAAAAGUAGAAUCCUGAGGGUACUUCCUAAAGUGAUGUAUUACAAAAAGGAAAUCAAGAUUAUUAUUUCUAAGAAUGGCUUCUGAUCCUUUAGAAGGGAACAGUAAGUGAUAGACAUGGGAUUUAUAGAUUGUGAAGGAAAAAAAUGGACAUAGGAUCCAUCCAAACAUCUACAGGGUCAGGAGAGAAGAACUGGAUAUCCAGUAGCAGGACAGAAGUAUAAAACUACAUGAGUUGUGGAAUGGUGAGCAAGGGCGUUGCAGCAGCUGACUGUUUAGGGCAACUGCUUAUGAAGCUUUCCAAGUCAACUUUUGUUAAAGGGAAGACCUGACAUGGUAAUGUGGAACAGGGAUCAUAGAGGGACAAACUUACAGCAGAUUCUAGAGCACACUCCAGUUAUGUAGGACCGCUGCCAGGUUCCCUCAGCAGUCCAUGGAAAUUAUUAAUAUCCUACCCUUUUCUUAGUUUGGAAUGCGAGGAGGUUUACAAAUACACAGAGCACCUUUCACAUAUUUGGACACUGCAGGGAAAUAGCAAGAGUGUGGUGAACAGAAAGAUGUUUCAAAGAAUCUUUUUUGUUCUUAUUUAUCACCUUAUUAAGGAAGUUCCUGUACACUUCCAAAGGACCUCAGGGAUUCCCCAUGCUACAAUUUGAGAACUAGGAUAUUUUACAGAGAAGGCGAAAGAUGAUCAGGGCUUCUCUACUCUGAAAGAAGACAGAUAAACAGAGUUAAAUAACCACACAAUGAAAAUAUAGCUUUAGCCUAGUUGGAUAUGAGUAGCUCAGGGCCUGUUCAUCUGUCUCCCUCAGUAAUCAGAACCUGCCCUACAGAUAUCCAAGAUUAGGAAGGCAGGUUUCACAUAUGUAGUAGUGGGCCAGCAGCAGUAUAAAGAUACCACAACCAAAAAUCACUGAAGCAAGGAGGAUCUGCCAAACAAAGAAUGAGGGGAGAAAAAUAUCUGCACUUUCUUUAUUCCUAGUGGUAGACAAGAGGCCAUCCAGCUGCUACUGAACUAUAGUUUCCAUCAUAGCUUGACCAACAACCAUGCUGGCUAGGACCCAUGGAGGGAUGUGUGGACUCAUUCAUAAACCCAACUAAGGGAGAAUGUCUGAGGCUUAAAAAGCAUUCAACAACCCCAACAUAAAUAUAGUAUUGUGUUUAGCACCAGCUCACAUGAAAAGAAGGCAUUGCUAUUAGUCACAUGAGUGUGCUGGAAACAGCCUGCUUCCAGUGUUGGUUUUAUUACAUAGGUCAAAAAGGGGGGUAGGGGUGGAAGAGCAAAGCUAGUCAGCAAGAAAAGCUUACUGUGUUAGAUCUGCCUUUCCUGUGACCUCACCACAGUAUGAUUUCUGCUACACACAACUUCCUCAUUGUUAUUCAGUAGAGCAAAACCCAGUUCAAUUUUGAACACCAGAUUAAAGGUAAGGAAGGCAAUACAGUGGCAUAACUAAGAUGAUAUUUACAGAAGAGGUCAGGAAAACUGCAACUGCUGUACAAAUUAACAGGAAGUCUACUCCCAUAUAUUGAUAGAGCAGGGGUGGAUAACAUGUGAGCCUCUAGAUGUUGCUGUACUAUAACUCUUAUCAUCUUUCACUGUGCUGUUAUGGCUGGGAGUUGUAGUCCAACAUUUUUAAGGCGACAAUGCCAACCUUUGAGCCUAUCCUUUGUUAUACAGUGGGCCCUUGAUAUUUGCUGGGGUUUGGUUCCAGGACCCCCUGUGGGUAUUAAUAUCUAUGGAUGCUCAUCAAUUAAAUACAAUGGCAUAGUAAAAUGGUGUCCCUUAUAUAAAAUGGCAAAAUCAAGGUUUGCUUUUGGAAUUAUUUUUAAAAAUAUUUUCAAGCUGUGGAUGGUUGAAUUCGUAGAUACAAAGGACCAACUGUAAUGUCAUGUAAAUGAAAUACAUAUUUCUCUUACAAACCCCUUACAAAGGUAUUCCACUAACAAUUACCAUGGACUAAAGCCUAGAUAAGAACUGAAAGCAGGACAGAAUAAAGGAAUAUUACAAAUCUAGGGUAAGUGUUGUUUCCAAUCAAGAAGUAAAAUAAGCAUCAGAAAUACACAUGCAUUAGUUUAACACAAGAAGAACUCUCAGUUCCUACCGAUCCCUUCGUUUAUGGUGAGGGGCAUAUUGCCCUCCAGAUGUUAAGACUUCAAUCUAACCUCAAUGAAGCAUGACAGUAGACAACAACAACAUUGGAAGGGACACACAAUCCCCAUCCUUGUCAUAGCACAAGACUUUAAGCCACUUCCUACAUUUCCAGAGCAAGAUUCAGUACCAUCAGCUUGCCUCCUCUGCUCAGCUUACACAAGAAAAGGCU